AUGCUACAAUUGAGAGUAUGGCAAAAAAGAUUACAUAGUACCAUCCGGAGUACUCAGCCAACAAUAUUUGCUCUUUCAACACCAUUAGCUAAAUCUGCUAUUGCAGUGGUGCGAAUUUCCGGUCCUCAAUCAUCAUACAUCUACAAUAAAUUGACAAAGACUGAAACCCCACCAAAGAAUCGAAUAGCAAGUGUCCGCAAGCUCUAUUCUCCUACCGUUUCCUCAAAGCUAUUAGACGAGUCGCUUACUUUGUUUUUUGCAAAGCCAAGGACAUAUACAGGUCUAGAUCUUCUCGAAUUGCAUCUUCACGGUGGAAUUGCAAUCAUCAAAGCCGUUCUCGAAGCAAUAAGCGCGCUUCACGAUCCAGAUAAUGGCGUGAUUAUUAGACAAGCUGAGCCUGGUGAGUUUUCCAAACAAGCAUUCGCUAAUGGCAAGUAUGAUCUUACAGCUUUGGAAGGGAUAAGCGAAAUGAUCAAUGCAGAAACAGAGCUGCAAAGACUUGCAUCACUAGCGUCAAUGUCGGGACAGACCAAGGAUAUUUUCAACAAAUGGCGACAGGACUUACUUGAAAAUGUAGCAAACCUAACAACGUUGAUUGAUUUUGGUGAAGACCACGACCUUGAAGAGACGGCACUUUUAUUUGACUCUGUUAGUGAGAAAAUCAAAGUUAUGGAAUCGGAAAUUGGAGAAUAUUUACAUAGGACUAAAUCGUCUGAAGUAUUGCUUAAAGGUAUAAAUUUAACUCUUGUUGGGCCACCGAAUGCUGGUAAGUCUUCUAUACUUAAUACAUUAUCUAAUAGAGAAGCAGCGAUAGUCAGCAACAUUGCUGGUACCACGAGAGAUGUGCUUGAGUUGCCUUUAGAAAUCGGCGGGUUUAAAGUUGUGCUCGGUGAUACCGCUGGUAUUAGACUGCUAUCAGAAGCAGAUGAGAUUGAACAGGAAGGCAUUCGACGAGCAAUGAGAAAAUCCGAAGCAGCGGACUUUGUAAUUAUGGUGUUGGAUCCAACUCAGAUAACUGGAUUGGAUGAAAUGAAGAAUUUGCUUUCAACAUUGCAUGCUUCGGGUAAGCAAAUACUUAUUGUUUUGAAUAAAGAGGACCUAUAUCAAGACAGAGUAAACACUCUUCGAGACUGGUACUUGCAUAAGCUAGGAGUAGCGCAUUCUCCACAGCAAAUAUCCAUCCUUCCUAUCUCGUGCCUGACGGGUGCAGGUAUCGAAGAACUUCGUCUGGAAAUGAUAAAGAGAUUCAAAGUGAUUACCGAAACGGUGUCAUCUGACCCAGUGAUAAUUUCGUCUCGUGUUCAAGAUAUUCUUCAGAAUGAUGUGCUCUAUGGAUUUAAGGAAUUUUUUGUUUGGAAAGAACAUGACGAUGUUGUCCUUGCUACCGAAUGUCUUCGCCAGUCGAUUGAAGGCAUCGGCAAAAUCACCGGCGAGGCCAUUGGUGUUGAAGAAAUCCUUGGAGUAGUGUUUUCAAAUUUUUGUAUUGGUAAAUAG